AUGUCCUCCUCUCCAUUUCCCACGUCGCCUUCCGUCCAGACUGUGGAGAGUGCGAGGGAUCCUCCGGCUGCGUCACAGGAAUACCUUCCCGAUGUAGAACACCCAGUGUUUAAGCACUUCAGGCUCAUCAAGCGGGAGGAGGGCAAGGCACAGCAGUACGAGUGCAAAUACUGCCCCCUUGUCUUCUUUGGUGCCGCCAUCCGUUGCGCUCAACACCUGACGUCAUGGAAGACCAUGAAGCGCCGGGAGGUGACACUUUGCGAGAAUGCCCCAGCUGAUGUUCGCCUCGCGAUGAAGUCCAAGUACGAGAAGCAGGCCGCAGAUGGAGAGGAGAGGCGGAGAUCGACUGAGGCUGCGAUUGCCUCGGUGACACUAGGUGGGAAGCGGUCCCGCAUAAUCGACUAUCUCGCGGGCAAUGCUGCAUCGGCAAGACGCGAAGCACAUCAGUCGCUUGCGCUGAUGUUUGCGGGAUGUCACAUCCCGGAGCAGAUCGUCGACCAUCCUCUCUUCGUCAACGCAAUCAGAGACGUCGCCCGCGCCGGCGAAAACUAUGUUCCACCAGGCCGGAAGUACAUCGGUGGUAGCGGUCUUCAAGCAUGCCGCCAUGGCAUCGAAAGCGGGUUGGUGGGCAUCAAAGCAAGUUGGAAAAAGGUUGGAGUAACUGUCGCGUCCGACAUGAUGACGGACAGAAACGGGAGGCCGCAGGCAAAUGUCUUCCUCGUUAACGACGCGGGCGCCGUGUUGCAUGUGUGCGUGGACAGCAACAUGGAGAAGAAGACAGGGGGAUACAUUGUGUGGUUACUAAAGCCCGUGGUGGAGGAGGUGGGGGCGAAGAACAUCGUCGCUUUUUGUAUGGACGGCGGCUCCAACUACGCGGUUGCGUGCCAGACCUUGGUUGCAGAAUGGCCCCACAUUCAGAUUGUCCCUUGUGCGACCCACGUCCUGGAUCUCCUCAUGGAGGAUGUGGGGAAGCUUGGGUGGGCGAAAGGGGUGGUGGAUCGGGCUAAGGAAAUGACGGUGGGGGAUCGAAAGAAAGCAGCGGAGGGGUUUGCCGCGCAGGUACUCGAUGCGGCUUGGUGGAAGACCGCCGAGUUCUUCACGAAGCUCAUGAAGCUCCCCUUCAUCGCGAUGCGGCAGACGGAUGGGAGCGCAAAGGGGACGAUGGGGCGAAUGUACGACAUAAUGCUCCAACUUACCGAGGAUGUGGAGGCCCUUGUCGACGCGGAUGAGGAGCAGUUGUCCAGCACCGACAAGCAGCAGAUCCGCCGCAUCCUGAAGAACAGGUGGGACGGGAGUCUUGCAUGCGCCAUGCACGUGGCGGGACGCAUCCUCAACCCCGCCAACCAAGAGGAGGACAUCUUCGGCAGGGAUGUGGAAUGCACAAGGGUGUUCAAGGCUUUCCUCUCCAAACAUGCGGAGUUCCUCACCGUGCGGGAGAAGGAGAGGGGUGAUGAGUGCGACUAUUUGCUCGCAUUGGGGGACCAGCUGAGGUCUUUCCUUGACCUCAAAGGGAGUUUCGGGAUGCCUGUAGCCAUUUCACAGAGGGAGAAGGUAAAGGCGGGCACUUACAGCAUGGUUAAGUGGUGGCAGUGGAACGGGACGGAUGCGCCGCAGCUGUCGUCGCUCGCCGUAAAGGUUCUCUCGCAGCCCGUCUCGGCAUCUCCGUGUGAGCGUGGAUGGUCGAAGUGGGAAUCAGUCCACACUGCGCGACGGAACCGCCUCGGAUCCGCUAAAUGCUCGGAUUUAGUGUACGUCACGCACCUCUGGAACGUUGUGCGCGGAUGGCACAUGCGCCAUGAGGUGAUGCCAUCAGUUGUGCGCGGGAAUGAGGUCGAGCCGCCCAUCCCCGCUGGCUACAACAUCGCGGAUGAUAUGGAGGAGGAGGAAGGUGAGGACCAGGUCUUGGCGGACGAGUAUGAGUAG